AUGUCUACACAGGACUUUCAAAACAUAUUUCACUGGGCUUCGACGCAGAAAGACGGAAGCAUCCCUUCUUUCGCCACACGCCCAAAUGACCCGUACAAAUACCAGCCCGGAUUCAACAACAGUUUUGAAUCCGAGGCCAUCCCCGGCACAAUCCCAAGAGGUCAGAACAGUCCCAGAUCGAUUCGGUUUGGCCUUUAUGCCGAGCAAAUGACGGCAUCGGCAUUCGUCGCGCCUCGUCAUGUCAAUAAAAAGGCCUGGCUGUACCGCUCCAGACCCGCCGUAGCUCAUCAAGGAUUUACUGAAUUGCCGGAUAAUGUCGACACGGAGUCAAAUUUUCUACCACUAAAUUCUCGUGUUCAUGUAUCCCCAACACAGUUGGCGUGGAAGCCGUUUGAGAUCCCCGCCGGCCAAGACGUCGAUUUUGUCGACGGGCUUAAAACUAUCGCCGGUUCGGGAGACCCAACACUACGUGAAGGCCUGGCAACUCAUGUUUUUCUCUGCAACAAGAGCAUGACCAAACGGGCUUUUGUCAAUUCAGAUGGCGAUUUUCUCAUUGUGCCACAGCAAGGAGCCCUUGACAUCCAGACCGAGUUUGGUUUUCUCUACGUGCAACCUGGAGAGAUCUGCGUCAUACAGCGUGGACAAAGAUUCCGAGUCAGCGUCAAUGGCCCAACCCGGGGCUACAUUCUCGAGGUCUGGGGCUCCAGCUUUGAACUGCCCGAGCUUGGCCCUCUAGGUGCCAACGGGCUUGCGAAUGCUCGAGAUUUUCUCCAUCCCGUCGCUGCCUACGAGGUGACCAAGGACGACCCUUGGAAUAUCGUCUACAAGCUAGGAGGCAAAUUCUUCAACAGUACCCAGAAGCAUUGCCCGUUUGACGUGAUUGCAUGGCACGGUAACUACGUCCCGUACAAGUACGAUCUCACCAAGUUUGUCAAUGUUGGUUCCAUAUCCGUUGAUCACAUUGAUCCGUCCAUCUUCUGUGUCCUGACGGCCCGGUCGCGCGAUCCAGCCGCCCCGCUGGCCGACUUUCUCAUCUUCUCCCCGCGCUGGGACGUUGCGUCGCAUACGUACCGCCCGCCAUACUACCACCGCAACUGUGCCUCGGAACUCAUGGGCCUCAUUUACGGUGACUAUGGUGGCCGUUCAGACGAGUUCCAGCCAGGCAGUAUCUCAUUCGAGUGUGGUUUUGUACCCCACGGCGUGGCUUAUGAGCAAUUCGCCGAGGCUUCCAAGGCUGACCCGCCCGUGAUGCAAAUCUCUCCAGCCUCGAUCGCUUUCAUGUUUGAGAGUAGCCGUGCCUUUACUAUCACAGACUAUGCCUGGAACAGCGACAGGAAACAUGAACACGAUCCAAAGAUGUGGGACGAUUUGGUUGAUAACUUUUCCAAGCACAAGAUUGAAGUUGAUGAGAUCCUGGCUGCAGUUGCGAAAGGAAAGGCUUGA